AUCUCAUCCAAUUGUAUGAUAAUCCUGAAAAGGUUAUUUUCCAAUAUGUCGAUUCUUCAACCGCCAGAAGUUGUACGUGGAAUGACAAAAUUGGAAAAAGAAGCCUUCCGAAUGCCAGUAGAUUUUCCUGUUAUCGAAAUUGAAGCAAGAGACGCUGGAAUUGUUGGAAGAAGAGUACGAUUAGAGCCAUAUUUGAUUGGUCAUAAGCUGAAACCAUUGAAAAAUUUAGUGGACAGUGAAAAAGACGGAAAGAAGUAUCUAGUAUUCCACCCCGAUAAAGUUCAAGAAGAUGAGACAAGAUUCAAAAUUCUGGAAUUGUUGAAACGAGAACUGGGAAAUGAAAAGUUGUUGGAUUGGACAACACUUUCAAAGGAUCUAACAUUCGAAAACUGGGAUGCAAAGUCUAUUUUCAAAGCAGUUCUUCCAGUAGGAAUCGACUACAGUAGUUACACUCAAACUGGUCAUAUUAUUCAUUGCAAUUUCGCCGAUGAAAUCCUACCAUUUCGAUUUAUUAUUGCUGAAGUAUUAUUGGAUAAAGUGAACAAUUGCAAAACGGUUGUUCAAAAAGGAAAUAUUAUCACAAAUGUCUAUCGAAAUUUGGAUUUGGAAUUGCUCGCUGGUGAGGAUAAUUACGUGACAGAAGUCAAAGAGACUGGUCUAAGAUUUAAAAUGGAUUUUAGCAAGGUCUACUGGAAUUCUAGGUUGAGCCACGAACACGAACGAGUUUCUGGAAUGUUCAAUACACAAUCCCUUGUUUAUGAUGCUUGCUGUGGAAUCGGACCAUUCGUACUGCCAGCUACACUCAAAAGAAAACCAAAAAGAGUCGUUGCGAACGAUUUGAAUCCAGAAAGCGUGAAAUGGCUGAAAGUAAAUGUUGGAUUGAAUAAGAUCAAGGAGGAACGAAUCGAGAUUCAUAAUAUGGAUGCUAAGAUGUUCAUCAAAGAAAAUGUAGCAGAUGAUGUGGUUAGGCUGAUGCUCGAGGAAAGUACAGCUGGAGAAUUUGAAAAUGAAGUUCCAAAACCCAUGUCGGAAGUUCAUGUGGUUAUGAAUCUACCCGCCUAUGCAGUGAAUUUUCUACCAGCUUUUCGUGGUGCUCUCAGCAGAUUCAAGGACGAAAUUGAAAAAGUUCCAUUAGAUAAACGAUAUAAAUGGAAUGUAUACUGUUAUUUAUUUGCCAAAUCUCACGUGGAUGUUCCGGAUAGCUGGUAUGAGGAUGAAGCACGAAGAAUGUGUGAUGAGAAGACAAAAUGGGAGCGAUCACUAGUUGUCAAGUGUCAUAAUGUGAGAACUGUGUCCUCGAGAAAAGAAAUGUUUUGUGCACAACUGGAGCUUCCAUAUGAAUUUUUGCUCGCUGAGCCGUUUCCAGAUGAACCUGAAGCUCAAUGUGAAUCGGAAGAAGCUGAAGAACCGAGUUCCAAGAGGAUAAAAGUGGAUACUUGAUAAAUUGAAAAUAUAUUUGUACCUUGUUGUUUGUUAAUUUUUUGUUGGUCACUUGAAGGUUGUUGAAUAAUUAAUUUUUAAUUAUCUAUGGAUACACUUUAAUUUUGAGAUACGAUCGUUUUCAUUCGAUUUGCCGAUUUUUCUUGUAUUUUAAUACUUUUUAUAUAAAAAAUGCCCAAUUC